GACCCAACCACUGGACCUCCAGGGAAGUCCCGGCGCAGUGCACUCUGGAGAGGGACCCUUUACUUGCAGCUAGUGCAGUACCUCUCAUGCUACUUGCUGACUUACACAGGCAAGCAGGCCUACUACUGUCCCCACAGUGGGAGGUGCUUCAGCCAGAGGCCACUAAUAGACCCACCAGCUUGGUACCAUGGCCCUCAGGGUCUGACCCAGGAGUGCAGACUCUGCUCAGGGUUCUUCUCCAGGAGAGUCCAGACCCCUCUGCGAGCUUUCAGCACUACCCAGGGCUCUUCCAGUGUGUGAUAGGGAUGGGCACUGACAGGUGACAAAAAGCCAUUACUCUUAAUGGAAAAUUUCUAAUUUCUUUUGUGUCCUUCAGGGGGCUUGAGAGGCUAAGAGAACUUGCUGGGGUUGAGCCCCUGGGCAACUCUGCACCCUUAGUCCUUACGCUCCACGGACCACCCUGCAACAAGCCUCUCUCCUUGGCCAGGCUGACCCCUCCCAAGUUUUAAGUCUUCCCCUUCCCUCCUGCUGAGAUCAACUCUUUACUUGCCCAGCUCCCCUAGGGAGAAGCAGCCACUGGGUACAGGAUGUCAGGUGGAAGCCUCAGGGGGGCCUUUGGAAGGAGGCAAACAGACAAGAGCUCCAGAGCAGACACCAGAGCUGCUGAAGAUGUGAAGGGCAUGUCCACGAAGUGUGUGAAAUGCUGAGACUGAUUUAAGUGGCCAAAGGAAAAAUAUCAAGGCUUCUUAGGGCAGGGUAUUUAUGAAGGCUUGUGGGAAGCACAGACUAGACAGUCAAUAAAUGUGUCCGGUGAGAGAGAGGGUUUGGAGGUAGAAAUGAUGGAGAGAGUUGGUGCCAUUUGCUAAGACAAAGACCCCAGGAGGGGCAGGUUAUGGGAAGAAAGGGAUGAGUUCAGUUUGAGCCACGCAGAGUCCGAGGUGCUUGUGGGCCAUCCAUGCCGGGGCAAGGUGGCAGGUGGCUCUGUGAUCAGGAGCUCAGGAGCCAAGCUUGAGCUAGAGGUAAAGAGAUGUUCGGGAGACGUCCUGUAGGGCAUGUCGGGGGAGCGUAAGCUUACAGAAAGAGGGUCCUUCCGACCUUUUUAGACCUCACCCUACUCUUUCCCAGUCGCCCCCACGAUCUCCUGAAACAGAAGCUCCCAUAAUUUCAGGCUUAUCAAGCUUCCAGUAGAGAAGGUUCUUUUACCCGCUCCAUUUUUUUUUUUACCCUCAACAUUGGGGGAAGCCUGCUGUCACCCAGUGAUGGCCAGCGACGAAAUUGAACGUCUGAAUUAACAGCGCGGAGCGGCCUGGGGUCUGGGCUGGAGGUCGCUGUUGCAAACCUGGGCGGGGCCGCGGCUGCGCCUCCAGCGCGACGGGCGCGGGGACCCGGCGGGGAAGCCGGGCCGCCGCGCCUCCGGGGCCGGGCGCCAAGCUCUGGGGAACGCCGCCUCCGGGCUGGUGGCAGCGCCUCCUCGGGCGCCUGUAGCCGCCGCAGCCAUGUUGGCUGAGGGCUCGAAGACAAAGCCACCUGGAGACACCGGGGCGGCGUCAUCUGGGCACGAUGGCGCGGGAGCGAAGUUCGCGGGGCCGCGUUGCCGCCAUCUCUUAGGAAGGCAUCUUCCAGUUCUGGUUCUCGGUGCACCUUCAGCCACCCGCUCUUAGUGUUCAGCCUUCCCCGUGGGCCCUCGAGGGGCCGUCCCUGGUCUCCCGGCCUCACGACGGCGCCCCGACCCUCGGGCCGGGCCACGGAGCGUUCUGGAUCGCGGAGGCUCCGCGGACCCCGGCGGGUAGUGUUGGCGCUGGCCCGCCGCCGGGGUGGCACUUACGAUGGCGCCGCCCCCGGCCCCGCUCCCCGCGCGGGAACCUAACGGGGCCGGGCGCCAGUGGGGGACACCCGAGUCCCUGAGCUUCGCGGACGUGGCCGUGUACUUCUCCCCGGAGGAGUGGGGGUGUCUGCGGCCCGCGCAGAGGGCCCUGUACCGGGACGUGAUGCGGGAGACCUACGGCCACCUGGGCGCGCUCGGCUUCCGAGGCACCAAGCCAGCCCUCAUCUCCUGGGUGGAGGAAGAGGCCGAACUGUGGGGUCCAGAUGCCCGGGAUCCUGAGACGGGAGAGUGUCUUAGAGAAGCAGACACAGCAGGUUCCAGAGACAAGGAAGAGAAAGGACAAAGAGAAGGGACCGAGGCACUGGGGAAGAUCCUUUCUGUGGACGCUCAGCCUCCCGGGCUGACGGCUCUCAAACCCUUUUCUGCUGGGUUUUCUUAUGGUUGGGAGCAGCCAUCGAAGGUGCCUCGCCGGGGUCGCCCAUCACUCUGUGCCCAUCCCCCGGUCCCCAGGGCAGACCAGAGGCACGGUUGCUACAUGUGCGGGAAGAGUUUCGCUUGGCGGUCCACCCUGGUGGAGCAUCUGUACACCCACACGGGCGAGAAGCCCUUCAGUUGCCCUGACUGUGGCAAGGGCUUCAGCCAGGCCUCCUCUCUGAGCAAGCACCGGGCCAUCCACCGAGGGGAGCGGCCCCACCGCUGCCCAGACUGUGACCGGGCCUUCACCCAGCGCUCCGCCCUCACCACCCACCUCCGGGUCCACACGGGCGAGAAGCCCUACAGCUGUGCUGACUGCGGCCGCUGCUUCAGCCAGAGCUCCGCCCUGUACCAGCACCAGCGGGUCCAUAGCGGCGAGACCCCCUUCCCGUGCCCCGACUGUGGCCGCGCCUUCGCCCACGCCUCAGACCUCCGGCGCCACGUGCGCACCCACACGGGCGAGAAGCCCUAUCCAUGCCCAGAUUGCGGGCGCUGCUUCCGGCAGAGCUCCGAGAUGGCAGCCCACCGGCGCACCCACAGUGGCGAGCGCCCCUACGCCUGCCCGCAAUGCGGCAGGUGCUUCGGCCAGAAGUCAGCCAUGGCCAAGCACCAGUGGGUCCAUCGGCCCGGGGCGGGGCGGCGCAGGGGCCGGGGUGCCAGUGGGUUGCCUGUACCCCUGGCCUCUGGCCGAGGGGACCUGGACCCACCCGUGGGCUUCCAGCACUACCCAGAGAUAUUCCAGGAGUGUGAGUGAUGGCCUCAACAGUGACAAGGCAAAGGGUGAAGAUCUAGACAUUGUUUGAGGCCCAGGGUGGCCUCAGGGGCCUGAAACUCUGGCAGCCCCGGGGAGGCCACAGAAUUCCCAGUCAGAGUUGGACCUGGGGGAGGAGGACUGUUUCAUCUUAGGCCCUCACGAGCUUCAUCUGCUGAUACCUUGUUCCCUACUGUCCCAGACUCUAGAAGCCCCCUUUGCUGAGUUAGGGCUGAGGUUAGAACCCCCACUAGACUUUCACUGUGGGGAAGAAAAGGCUGUUUCUAAGAGGAUUGAGGUGGAGAACUUUGUUUUACCCACUGACUUUACUGCAGAAGUUAAAAACUGAUGGCUGGGUACUGAAUGUGGUCUGUAGCAGCCUUUAAUUUUUUUUUUUUUAGCCCAGCCAGCAUUUUUAAAUGUUAUGAAUUAUUGGUUAAGAUUUAAAAAUCAGGAUAUUUCACACAGAAAACCAGGUUUCUGGCCUCCCUUGAAAAAUCCGAAGAUUUGGCAACUCCACCUGAGCUCCCACAAAACCACAAUUGGUGGGAGCUGAGGGGCAGUUGCCCCUUUGGAUGGAGACCAGGCUCUCCAGUUCAGCAUGCCUGCCACUCCUUGUCACCUCCUGACCAGUGUCAGCUGGCACUCAUCAUGGCUCGCCAACAUCUCUGGCAAAGCAGGCCCUCUCCAUCUGGCAUUUUUCUACUCAUUUCCAUGACCUGUUGGGUUCCUGUAGUCAUUUGAGUUUGCAAACUGUAGUCUACAGCAUUCAAUUGUUCUUGAAUCAGGGAUUCAGGUAGAGAGCAUAUUUGUAAAAGGGUGGCAGGAGAGAAGUAAAAGGAGGCUUUAUGUUAGAUCUUGGCUCGUAUUGCAUUUUAUGGUUUACAAAGUACUGUCUUGUCCAUCCACUCAUUUCACCCUCAUAAUUGCAUAUGGAAGGAAGCAUCUUGCUUGGAGAGGACAGCCCAUCAGGAAGAGGCAGUCAGGACUGAAUGUUUUGCCCCAAAUGGAGUGGUGUCUCCACCUCAGCACCACUCAGCUGACCUGCACUUCCUGUUUUUGAAGGGCAGGGGCCUGAGAGACCCCUCUAGUACUCCUUGGGCCUCCCUCGGAGAGCCCUAUGGCUCAGGCUUUGCUAUUCUAGGCCCAGCCAGGAGGGCCUCAUCACAUUUUUGAACUGGAAGAGAUCUUAGCUUUUCCAUCCUUUUGCAUUUGGGGACACUGAGACUGGGGAAAGCUGAGCAACCUGUCCAAGGUCACACACAGAGUGAGAUGCUAGGAUUCUUUGUUUCCUGCUGUCUUUACCAUACCACUCCUGAGUUCCUUGUCAGUGUCUCAGCCAGGGUUCUGGAAGCAUCUCCCCCCUCCCUGAGAUGACACCCAGGCACUGACCUAGACUAGGGACAGAGCAGCCCAGUGUUAGUGAAGCCCAGGUACAAGAUGAGUGACAAAACAGCCACAUAGCCAACAAGGCAAGGGAGAAAGCAGCCUUAGAUGAGAGUUCCAGGGCCAACAAAAGCAAAGCUCGCAUCUUCACUCUCUUCAGGACCUCCAUCACCAGCAAAGGGGGACAAGGCCAGGAACAUUUGGGGUUAGUGGCCAGAGGGAACUGUACUAUUCUAUAUUCCCAAGCUCUGCACAGAAUCCCUCCCCCAUCACCCUGUGACUCCAUCAUCCAUCUACCACUCAUUCCUUUGUGGUCAGAGUCCAGCCUUGUCCAGGUGAUGGAAGCAGCCAGCCAUGUGCAGACCCUUUCUUGCCUCUGGUCAGGAUGACCCUUCCCCUCAAGUAGAAGUAGCAAAGACUUAUGUCCUCGGUGGCCUGUGUGCACUUCCCUUCUGAGAACUCAGCCUGUGUCUGGCCUUAGGAAGAAACCAGAUUU